AUGGCAGUGAGAAAGCAAUAACUUUACGUAAGAUCUGUACUUACGCGAGGCGAACGUUCGAAAGUGAGCUUACUAAAAAAGCACGUGUUUGGGUCUUCUAGUGAGAAAAAAAACCAGUGGAAUUCACGGUGAUUCCUCUUGUAUGCUGUGAUGUGAGCUGCUUUCAGUUUCGAGUCGAGGAAUGUUCACGCCGCCAGUUGUCAAACGUUUGCUUGGGUGGAAGAAGAGCCCCGAGGCUGAUGACAAAUGGUGUGAAAAGGCCGUCAAAAGUUUAGUGAAAAAAUUAAAGAAAACCACCGCAUUGGAAGAAUUAGAACGCGCCGUUUCGUCGCAAAAUCAUAACACAAAGUGCGUUACAAUACCCAGGGUUAAACCAGCUGCUGAUAUUGGAUCAAAUAUACCACAUAAAAAGGGACUACCUCACGUUAUUUAUUGCCGGUUGUGGCGUUGGCCAGAGCUUCAAUCUCAUCACGAAUUACGAGCCGUUGAGCAUUGCGAAUUUGCUUAUACUUUAAAAAAGGACGAAGUCUGCAUUAAUCCUUAUCAUUAUACAAGAAUUGAAAGUCCAGCAUUACCAGCAAUACUUGUUCCAAGACAUAAUCUAAUCAACGACGAAAACAAUAUUUUUUCCCAUUCUCUCGAUGACGUAAAUACUUCAGUACCGGAAAACACUUCGUUUCCACACAAUACAACCAAUCCGCUGGGACUCCAUAUGCAACAUACGCCUACUUAUAUGGAUGUCAGUUUAUGCGCGAAUGUUCCUUCGGGGCUUGAAUCCCCGCAUAAUGCGGCUCCACCCACUGAAACACCGCCGCCAGGUUAUAUGUCGGAAGACGGUGAUCCAAUUGAUCCUAACGAUAACAUGAGUUUGAGAUUAACUCCUAGUCCCCCGGUCGAUGCUCAACCGGUACUAUACUGUGAGCCGGCUUUUUGGUGUAGUAUCAGUUAUUAUGAAUUGAAUACUCGGGUUGGAGAAACGUUCCAUGCAAGUCAACCAUCGAUAACUGUUGAUGGUUUUACUGAUCCUAGUAACUCUGAAAGGUUUUGUUUGGGGUUGUUAUCAAAUGUUAACAGGAAUACUGUAGUAGAACAAACCAGGAGACAUAUUGGAAAAGGAGUACGGUUAUAUUACAUAGGUGGAGAAGUAUUUGCGGAAUGUCUUAGUGAUUCCAGCAUCUUUGUUCAAUCUCCAAAUUGCAACCAACGGUAUGGCUGGCAUCCGGCUACAGUUUGUAAAAUCCCACCAGGUUGUAACCUCAAAAUAUUCAACAACCAAGAAUUCGCUUCUCUUCUUUCACAAUCAGUCAGUCAAGGAUUUGAAGCUGUCUACCAACUAACCAGAAUGUGUACGAUUCGUAUGUCUUUUGUAAAAGGUUGGGGUGCUGAAUAUCGACGACAAACGGUAACGUCAACGCCCUGUUGGAUCGAACUUCACCUAAACGGUCCAUUACAGUGGCUCGACCGCGUUUUAACCCAAAUGGGUUCACCUAGAUUACCCUGCUCCUCAAUGUCAUAGAUGAUUUUUUUCUUCAAAAGAAAAAAAGCUAACGUUAUUUGUAUGUUAUUAUUUAUGGUUUGUUUCGUUGCAUUGGCCCCCUAUUUUAUUGGGUGGGCGUUUUAUUUUGAUGCUUAUCUUUGAGUUCGAUCGAUUUUUAUAGAUGGAGAAAAUGAAAGAAAGAAAUUUUUAAAGAAUUUUUACCAGUAUGUUAUAAGAAAAUAUAAGAGAUAGGAAUU